GCGGUUGCCCUGGAGACCGAGUGGGGCGAGUGGGCGGCGCGGCGAGGAGCCGAGCUGCGGCUGAAGUAGCGGGCGUGAGUUGGGGGGAGUGGCUCCCCGGGCGGCGCGAGGGGUCGACUGGUCCUGGGGCAGGGCUAGGUGGCCGUGAGCUGCGGGGCGCGGCUGGCUAGCCUGGAACGCCUCUGGUCACAGCUCAGCGUCCGCGGAGCCGGGCGGCGCUGCAGCUGCACUUGGCUCUUCUGUGCGUCCGACUGUCCCAGCUCCGCGCGGAGGACAGCGGCCCGGCGCUGGGUCCGGGAGGACCAGGCUGCCCCAAAGAGCGCGGAGAGUCACGCCCGCGCUUCUACUGCCGCGACCGGGAGCCGGGUAGGCGGCAGGCGCGCUCCCUGCGGCCCCGGGAUGACUUCUCGGCGCUCCCCACUGGCGCCUUUGCUGCUUCUCUCUCUGCACGGUGUUGCAGCAUCCUUGGAAGUGUCAGAGAGCCCUGGGAGUAUCCAAGUGGCCCGGGGUCAGACAGCAGUCCUGCCCUGCACUUUCACUACCAGCGCUGCCCUCAUUAACCUCAAUGUCAUUUGGAUGGUCACUCCUCUCUCCAAUGCCAACCAACCUGAACAGGUCAUCCUGUAUCAGGGUGGACAGAUGUUUGACGGUGCCCCUCGUUUCCAUGGUAGGGUAGGAUUUACAGGCACCAUGCCAGCCACCAAUGUCUCUGUCUUCAUUAAUAACACUCAGUUAUCAGAUACUGGAACCUACCAAUGCCUGGUCAACAACCUUCCAGACAUAGGGGGCAGGAACAUUGGGGUCACCGGUCUCACGGUGUUAGUUCCCCCUUCUGCCCCACACUGCCAAAUCCAAGGAUCCCAGGAUAUUGGCAGCGAUGUCAUCCUGCUCUGUAGCUCAGAGGAAGGCAUUCCUCGACCAACUUACCUUUGGGAGAAGUUAGACAAUACCCUCAAACUACCUCCAACAGCUACUCAGGACCAGGUCCAGGGAACAGUCACCAUCCGGAACAUCAGUACCCUGACUUCAGCCCAGCCCAGGAACAUUGGACUCAUAGCUGGAGCCGUUGGCACUGGUGCAGUUAUUAUCAUUUUUUGCAUUGCACUAAUUUUGGGGGCAUUCUUUUAUUGGAGAAGCAAAAAUAAAGAGGAGGAAGAAGAAGAAAUUCCUAAUGAAAUAAGAGAGGAUGAUCUUCCACCCAAGUGUUCUUCUGCCAAAGCAUUUCACACUGAGAUUUCCUCCUCAGACAACAACACACUAACCUCUUCCAAUACCUACAACAGUCGAUACUGGAGCAACAAUCCAAAAGUUCAUAGAAACACAGAGUCAGUCAACCACUUCAGUGACUUGGGCCAGUCUUUCUCCCUCCGCUCAGGCAAUGCCAGCAUACCGUCCAUUUAUGCUAAUGGGAGCCAUCUGGUCCCGGGUCAACAUAAGACUCUGGUAGUGACAGCCAACAGAGGGUCAUCACCACAGGUGAUGUCCAGGAGCAACGGCUCAGUCAGUAGGAAGCCUCGGCCUCCACACAGUCAUUCCUACACCAUCAGCCAUGCAACGCUGGAGCGAAUUGGUGCAGUACCUGUCAUGGUACCAGCCCAGAGUCGGGCCGGGUCCUUGGUAUAGGACAUGAGGAAGUGUUGUGUUCAGAAAUGAAUAAAUGGAGUGCCCUCAUACAAGGGGGAGGGUGGGGUGGGGGAGUGCUGGGAAAGAAACACUUCCUUAUAAUGAGUAAAAUGCACAAAGAAGGAGGCAGUGCUGUUACUUAGCCACUAAGAUGUGUAAAAUGGACUGGAAUGCUCUAUCCUGAAGACUUACUUCCCCACCAAAGAUGUCCUGGGAUUCUGCUGGAUCUCAAAGAUGUGCCAAGCCAAGGAAAAAGAUACAAGAGCAAAAUAGCACUUAAAAUCCAAACUGCCGCCCAGAUGGGUUUGUUCUUCAUGCCUAACUUAAUAAUUUUUAAGAGACUAAAGUGCCAGAUGGAGUUUAAAUACUGAAAUUAUUUUAAAAGGUAUGUGUCUUUAAGAAAAUAAUGAGCAACCCUGUGAUACGUUCUGUCUCUCCCAAUUCCCUCGUUACGUAGAGGGCUUAAUGGUAUAAAUGUUUAAUAUUGGUCCCAACAGGGCUGACUCUUCUAUCAUAUAAUCAAAACUUUUUACAUGAGCAAAAUUCAGUAAGAAAUGGGGGAAAACAAAGGAAACGUCUUUGAGAAGCCCCUUCAUAUUUAUUUAUUUAUGUCUUCCUGAACCAUGAAUUUCAUAUUUGGAAUAUUGCUAUAUUGACAGAUUCUUGCCUGUCUGUGUUAUUCUAGGAUCUGUUACAGGUCCAUGGCAAUUACUGUUUAUUUUUUCCUGGAAAAAUAUUUUUUUAUAGAAGAUUUUUUUUUUUUUAAAUACAUGAGAGGCAUUGGGCUAAGAAAGAAAAGACUGUUGUAUAAUACCUUGUUCAAUGGUUGUAUUUAGUGAGCUCAUAGAGGUCCAUCAUAUCAUGAACGAGCUGGGUUGUGUGGGCAGGAAGGUAGGGCUAAGAGGUUGUAGGCUUACUGGGCAGCCUCUCAGAGCAAGGUUGUUCAGAUCUCCCUUGCUAUUACAGUAGGUUAAUAUUAAUGAGGACAGCACCUGAUGCCUUUUGUACUGAGGUAGAUAACUUUCUCUUUAUUUGACAAGUAGAGUUUAACUUACUUGUCAGGGAGGGCAGAAGUUGUUUUUCUGUUUUUCAAAAUAAUUCUUUUUGCAAAAGAGGUAAGACUGAGACAAAAGGUGUAUCUUCUGGUGUGCUGCUGGAAGUGUCUACCCUACAUUUGUGUCAGCUCAGGGUUGCAGUGUUGCCCAGACGCAUUUUACACCAUUGUAAAGGGAUUCCUUUUGUGGUUACUACCUGGCUUGGCUGGCCUUGCGGUUCACCAGAUUAAUUUACAAACUCCCCCACUUUAUUUUGUGCUAUGUAGAUCUGGUCAUUUGACUGUCUUGCGUUAACCACACUUUAAGCAACUCACAAAUUUCUUCCCAGAUUUGUUUCCUAGAUUAUUUAUGAUACUCAUCCCAUGUCUCAGUAAGAGUGUCUUUUCUUUCUGGGAUGUGUUCUCUCACUCCCUCUUACCACCAUGCUUUUUGCCCUCUUCUCCUGCAAGCAUAGUCUUCACAGGGAGUGGCUUCCUUCCUAACUUUUUUUUUUUAGUUAUUUGAAUGAAUGGACACCAACAGCUGCUGCAAACACUGUUUUUCCAAAAGGCUACACUCAGAACCUAACCAUUGCCAACCAUUUCAGUAUUGAUAAAAAGCUGAAUUUACUUUAGCAUUACUUAUUUUUUUCCAUUUGAUGGUUCUUACUUUGUAAAAAUUUAAAUAAAUGAAUGUCUAUACUUUUUAUAAAGAAAAGUGAAAAUACCAUGACACUGAAAAGAUGAUGCUAUCGGAUGCUGUUUAGAAAGCAUUUAUCUUGCAUUUCUUUAUUCUUUCUAAUUAUCUAAAAUUCAAUAAAAUUUUAUUCAUAUAAAA